CUCACACGGCAGCUGACUGUGCCACUUGCCACAUGCCGCCCAGUGAACAUUAGUUAACGAACGCGAUGACAUCAGCCUCGUGAUACAGACUCCCAAAGCCGGUUGUGUUGUCGAAAUCUGUACCAACAAUUGUGUGAAAAAGCUGAGGGCCAAGGGUCCCACUGUUGUCACGCAGGGAGACGAUUAUGCCGAAAAAAAUUUGGCCAAUUCACGUGGAAAAAUGUCCCUGCCUCACUACAUCCUGGCUAUCGUCCACUUCGUCUACAGCAUUUACCUCGUUAUCUCUGCCCAAUGGGCCUUAGUGAAACGACAAUUUAGAAAACGAUUCAGUCGAAUUGCAUCGGGGAGUGAUGUUUCAGGGGAGUGGAACGUGGGUAGGAUUAAAAAAUUACCUGGACACUUGGUGGUUGUUGUCGGCUACGAGGACAUAUCCUUCGUUGAUCUCGCUAAGAUUAUUAGUUGGACGGUUACAUUGGAAAUACCACAUGUCAGUUUUUAUGAUCAGGAUGGUGUUAUCAAAAGGAAUUCAAGUAAAUUGAGGAGGGAUUUUGAAACCCUAAGGCCUAAUCUCGGGUCCAGAGUUACUUGGGAGGUUGAAAAAAUCACACCAAAGGCUCAUGCAGCAAAUGGAAUCAAUGGUUUCACAACCACAAAGAUCCACUUUCUAUCAUACGAAAAUGGUAAACACGAGAUAAUCGAGUUGACCAAGGAUCUCUCCCACGCAGUGACCCAAGGACUCCUAAAACCCAGCGAAAUUGACAUAAACCUGAUGGAUGAAAAAUUACGUUUCAAUUUCCCUGAUCCCGAUCUCGUAAUAAUCUGCGGCAAGACAUUUUCCACAUUCGGAGUGCUUCCAUGGCACAUACGCAUAACUGAAUUUAUUCACUUAUCAACCCAUCACGACGUGUCCCACCAGGAUUUCAUGGAUAUACUCGUGAAGCAUGGUAAUUGUGUGCAACGAUAUGGUAAAUAAUCCAUCUAGUAUUGAAGUAUUAUUGGAAUUAUUACUGCAACUGCAGCCUCUGCACAUGAUUUACUGCCUCAAUGAGGCCACCACCGAUAAAUUAACGGAGAAACAAUGCUGGUAACCAACGAAUGGGCAUGUAAUUGAAACUAAUGCUGAAUACCAAAUGGUUGACGGCUUAUGUCAAUGUAAAUAAUAAGUAUUUAAGGAAUCAAUCAUUUAUUUAUGGUGUACACUUGGUGAAUUAAUGAGCAAAAGCAAAAAUAAUUUCAAGUGUCAUAGGGUGAGAAAUGUAUCUCCAAAGGGAAUUCUAAGAGAACGUAACUCAAAUCUUCAAUUCAAAGAGAGAAAUUCCACGAUUUUUAACUGCAUUGAAAACAAUAAAUCACGUAAAUUGACAAAAAAAAUGAUAAGCGUUAAUUUAACGUUGUUCAGUAUAUUAUCCAGUUUUUUCUUAUGAAAUUUUUCAAUUUAUUUUUCUCUCAUGAGGAUAACGUCCACCGAAAAAAUGAUAAAUCAACUCUCCAUUCAAGUUAUUUCACCCGCUGAAUGGAACGCCCUCAAUAGAAUUUUUAAUUAAAAUUAAAUCUUUCUAAUUUAUUCGUAAAUUCCAAUUUAAUUCUCCUGCAUUGAAGAUUCGACAUACGUUCAUCUACAAUUUUAUUCUAAAAACCCUAUUUGUCCAGGAUCCACCAACUAGCGAAGUGGCGAAACAGUAUAAAACAGUCAAUUUCCCCUGAGGAUGAUUUUUGCAAACAAUCCUAGGAGUUUCACCACUACCCUCCAUGAAUUAUAUCGUGCAUUCCAUUAUCUUUCGAUUCAUCCACGAUGUAAACCAAAACCCCAAGAUAUUUUGUAAAAAAAAUCAACUCCCACUAUCAAUAAUGUAAAAACAGAUCAAUGACACAAAACGAUUGAAAUAAAUCCAGAGAAUGUUCAAAGUA